AUGGUGAAUAAAUCUGUGAUAAAGAAGAAUGUAAAACCCAAUAUUAUUUUUGUCGGCUCAGUAGUUAGCACGGAGGAUCAUGGCUACCUAUUGGAUAGUGGUGUUCCGGGAAUGAGUUGUUUUUUGCCUACUGAUCAAGCCAGUGGUACUCUCAGCAUUGGAAGCUUAGUCGCAUUCACUCCGUAUGUAUCAGAUCCAUUGAAUUUCAUGGGGAAUGAUCGCGAUCGAGUCAUUAAAGUAACCACUCAUAUGGAUCCGAAACUUUCCGUGUUAAAACCUGACUCGCAUGUUCAUUUUGAUUGCAUACUUCCUGGUACAUGUGUUAGUGCAUCAAUUAUCAAGAAAGUCACGUCCACUUUGGUUGCCCAAUUCUCAGAUUACUUGAUAUCGAUUUCACGCACACAUUAUUCUGGGAAGAAAGAGAAUUAUCAGGUUGGAAGCAAUGUUGUUGUUUGUAUAAUAAUGGUGGAUCCAAGUACAAAACAACUUACAGGCUCUCUGCUUCCUCACUUAGUCAAUCCAAUCCCUUCAACUUUUGAUGUUUCAGAAAUGUUCACCAAGUGUGCUGUUGGUACACGCUUCUCAGAUGCAGUGGUGAAACGUGUCACGAAACGUGCAGUUUUUGUCAGUCUGCCGAAAACAAAAGGACUAAAAGCAGUUAUCAAAAAACCUAAAACUGGUCCGAACAAAAAUGAAUGUUUCUCAUCGUUGGUGGUUGAUUCAAAAGUGACAUGUCGUAUAAUUGACCAUGAUUUUUUGGAAAAUUUGUCCAUAGCUACAGUGAACAAGAAGUUGCUAGCGUUGCCUUUCCUCUCUCUUCAUGAAUUGAAAGCAGGUGUUAAGGUGUCCGCCUUGAUUAAACGCUACGUCAAAAGUGGUAUUGCUGUUCAAGUAGAAGGCCGGUUGCAUGGUCUAAUACCCUACCUACAUACAACUGAUGUUAACCUCAAAGAUCACAGAGAAAAAUUUAAAGCGGGCGAAAAGGUUUCAUGUUUGGUUCUUUAUGUUGACAAAUGUGCCAAUAAAUUGCUUCUAACUGCAAAACCAGGAUUACUAGAUUCUAAAUUUGCAAUCUUUGGCAGUCAAGAGAUGCACAAUGCACUGGAUAAUGGAAGCUAUAGAGAUUCAUAUUUUACAGGAUUUAUUGUCAAAGUUAGCGAAAAUGGUCUGCUUGUUUCUGGUCUGGAGAAUAUUCGUGGUUGGAUACCGAAACGUGAAUGUGGUUUGUCUAGUGAAGAUACACUACAAAAGAAUUUUUACCGUGGCCAAGUAUUGAAGGUGAAAAUAAAACGCAUAUUGAAUGUAUCCUCAGCGUAUAAUUCAGAGGAUGGUAAUCAGUGUACUCGAUCGAAGUAUUUACUAUCUUUACAGUUCAAUUCUACUACUAAGAAAAUCAAAUCUAAAAAUAGCUCGGAGUUUUUGCAGUCUGUUGAAGUUGGUCAGAUUUUUAAAGCUACUGUUGACAAAGUAGGCGAUAUAGGAUUAAAUGUCAAUUUAUGCGACAAUACAAAGGAAUCUGUUGUACUGGGUUCAGGAUAUCUACCUUUCGUUCAAUUAUCAGACUAUACAUCAAAUCAGACUCUUUUAACCCAAUAUAUUCAUAAUUUGAAACUCGGUUCAACUUUGGAUUGGAAUCAGUUUGAGCAUAGUGUUGUUAUUAUUGGAAAAGACAAAGAGACUGUCACGCUAUCCUCCAGGCCAACAUUAUUGCAGGCUGCUGAAGAUUUAAAAGUAUGCGUAAAUAAUGAUGAAAUAGAAACUGUUGGAAGACCAAGUUUCCUAAGGUCGUUUAACGAGUUACAGGUCGGAAGUCAAUGGUUCGCUUGGGUAUCAGACCACAGAGACUAUGGCGUUCUAGUCACUUUCCCUUCUGGUGUUCGUGGCUUAGCUCCUAAACAUCUUUUAUCCGAACAUCAUCUUCCCGCUGAUUCUGAUUGGAAACAAUUGUUUCCACUUCACGCGACUGUUAUCGCUAAGAUUGUUGAAGUUGAUAAGCAGAAACAUCGUUGUUUAAUAAGUUUGAAGAUGUUUGAUAUUUACAAUGCUGAAGUUCACUAUGUGGGUUUGUCAAUACGUUCACUGAAGUAUUGGUUAACAGAAAGACAGUGGAUAUCAGACAGGCACAAAUUGUUAAGUUCAUUUCGUAUUGGCGAUCAAGUCCUUUUUGAAGUAAAAUCAUUGGACAACUCUUUAAUCUCUGGUACGGCUUAUAAAACAUCAAAGAAAAACAAAAACAAAGAGGAUUCUUGUGUCCGGGCUAUAACUUACAAGGAGAAUUCAAUAAAGACAGAUUGUGUAGUUUCCCAAACGUAUCCUGCUAUCGUAUGCUUCGUUGAUCAUCAAAAAUCUCAACUUGAACUUGUUCUAUCUCCAUGGUUGGUGAAUGGAGUUAUGAAUCGAAAGGAGAAUGUGUCUAGUCAACUCAAGCCUAAACAACAAGUAUCUUCCGUUGUACUGGCACAGUACAGUCCAGAUAUGGUUGUUGUUGGGCUACGUGGUCAUGCAGCUGGUCUUUUAGGUGUACUUCCAGCUAGGCGUAUUUUUAAUGAUGUCAGUGGUGCAAAUGCCUGGUGUGUUGGUCAACGAAACAAAGUAACUUUUCGUGAGUCCUACAAACAAGAUAGUGGCUCAAUGGAACUAAAGUUGUGCACGUUGAGUAUUUAUGAUCCUAUUGAACAAGAUCAAGUUAAACAAUCAAAGGAACAAAAGAAAAAGGAGAAUCAGGUUAAUGCAAAAAUCAAUGCGGGUUUAAAAAUUAGGAGCUGCGUUAGCUUACAACCAGGCGACAGUGUUACUGAUUUGUAUUUUAUUGGUAUUUCUUCUCAAACAGCAUUUUUUGCAGUUGGUUCAGCUGAUGGUCAACAUGUUUUAUGCCAUUUAAUCAAUUGGGAAAACAGUGUUAAAGCUAUCAGAGCAUUUCUGAAUAAUCCACCUGAAAUCGGGACAAAAAUUGAAAAAAAUGCCAUUGUUCUAUUCUCUCGAAUGGAAGAUAAACUUAUUCCCAAGCGUAGAAGCAAAGGUCUUCGUUCUAAAAUGGCUGAAAUCUCUUUCUUAGAAAAACCAAAUGUGUCCGUUGGACAGUUAACAUGCGCCCAGUUAUCUCGCUCAAAGGAUGAUCACUGGACAGUUUUCUUACCUGGUGGUAGUUUUGGAUGGUUGCAUGUCACAGAUAUGAAUCAUUCAGAUUUAGAAGUUAAACCUUUGGAUUUGACUAAAACGCCUGAUGCAUCUACACCGAUGAACAUUUUCAAUAUUUUCGAAAAUUUAAACCAAAUCAAACCACACUAUUUUAUUACAUGUCGUAUUGUUGGUCAAAAGGAAAAGCUUCCAAAUACUAUCGAGGAUAAUAAUAAUAACCAUAACAAUAACAGCUUGAAUGUGGAUCGUAAAAACGAAGUUACGUAUUUUGUCUCCAACAAGCUCCAACUGAUCCGAGAUAGUGGGGAAAUAACCAUUCCUCAGCAACCCACUGGUGAACUACCUGCUUUAAAUGUACCAGUUGAUGGAUUUGUUAAACUGGUCAUGUCAUCUGGAAUUAAACUGUGUUUAUCUCGAACAACUGAUAUUAUAGUUCCAUUUUCACCGGAGCUUUUAAAUCGUCUGAAACAGUGUGGAAUCCAAUUCAAAGUUGGCGAUCACCUUCUCGUUCGGCCGAAAUGUUUAGUCCAUGGAAAACUUGUCGGUGAAUUGGUGUGCAAUAAUUCUGCCGGUUGUGAACAAAUUCAAGAAAGUCGCAUGAAUACUCUCCUGGAAAACUUUUUCAAGGAAUUUUCUGAACAAAUAAAGGCAUUACAAUCAGAAAAGCCAAAAUCGAUUGACUUUGUUGAUGAAACAGACCACCAUCCAUCGAUGGAUGUAAGUCGUUGUCUGAAGUCGUCUGCUGAAUCUGAUUCAGCAGUUAAUCAAAAUGAUGACGAUGAUGAUGAACCAAAAAAGAAGAAGAAGAAACUCUCCCCUACAAAACAGCAAGAGAAGAAAUCACGCAAAAGGAAACUCUCUACUGGUGAUGAAACAAUUCAGUCAUCGAAUGACAAUAAGGAAACUACAACCAGUCCGAAGAAGGAGGUGAAUGCUUCAGGAAAAAAGCGGCUACGUUUGAGUGAUAGCAAUUCGCAAAACGUGGAACCUUUGGAUCAGAUGAAAAUUGGAGAGAAGGUUAACCAUGAAUCAACAGUUGAUAAGUCUGUAGAUAAGUCCUCCCUGCCUACAUCAUAUUGUUCAAAAAAGGACAAUGUGUUCUCCAAAAGUUUGAUUGAAAAAUAUCAACAAUUUAUGUUCCCUGGAGAUGUUGUAAAGCCGUCAGAAAAUGGAGUAGAGACAAGUGAAUCUCUGGAUUUUAGUAGUAAACAAUUGAAUGCCAAUACAAAGCAUGAAGAAGACACUCAGGUUGACAAAGAAUGGCGCCUACGACAAGUGGAAUUACGUCAAGCUAUGCUUGCUGCAUUGACAAUUGAACAACAAUGUCUUCCCAAGGGUGAAUUGCAUCCACAGACAAAUGAAGAAUUUGAAUUAGCUGUUCGUAAUGCACCGUCAAACGAGGUUUGUUGGAUUGCCUACAUGACACAUGUCCUCUCCAGCUGUACACAUCAAAAAUGUACAAACAGUGAUCUUAACAAAGGAGUUAUAAAUGCUCGUGUUAUUGCAGAGCGGGGAUUGAAGUCAAUUUCAAAUUCGCCUGGUGUAAAUCAACUUGUGAAACAAUCUCGUCUACUGACUUCCUAUUUGAUCAUGGAGGCUAAAGAGUUGGAACGGCUAACCACUAUUCAGAAGCAACAACAGUAUCAUAUGUCUGCAUCUUCUGUAACAUCUAUGUCAGAUUUAGUAUUGGAGGUUAAUAACCAGUCGAAACGUGUCUCGCAGUUGCUUACACAACUGCUCAAUUUAGAUCAAGCUCCGUUUAUUCGCAGAGCGAUUGACACUCUUUCGGAUAUUGGUCAUCAUACGCGUGCUGAAGAUUUAGCUCGUCGUCAGAUUAAAUCAUCUCCUGGAGAUGUAGACCGUUGGCUUUCUCUCAUUAAAGUACGUUUUCGAGCUGCAAAUGUUGAGGCUGCUAGAGAAGCACAACGAAACGCAGCAUCAGUAUUGAAAGCAUCACUUCUUCCACAACUAGCAGUUGGUGUGGCUAGAAUAGAAUUUGAAUUCGGAGAUGUUGAUCGUGGUAUUCGUUUGCUACAAGAACAAUUAAAUGUUCACCCAAAACGUAAACAAUUAUAUGAAGAGUGUAUUAAACUCUUGAUGGUGAAUGGUAAACUAAAAGAAGCCAGACUUAUUCAACAACAAGCAGAGAAACAUUUGAAGCCUGCACAGUGUACAUCAAUAAAUGCACUUUUUGAAGAUAAAAUUAAACAUUGAAUCAGUACAUGUUUUUCAGAUCUCAGUGGUUUUGCUACUCUUCUCUUUUCUUCAUUUUACGACAAUAUAGUCGAUAAAAAUUGUGUAUAAAUUGAGAUGUGUUUUUCUCUUUUUCACUGAAUAAAGAUUAUUGUAA